GCUGGCUGGUCACCACUGAUGGAAGCAUGUGCGCUCGGUCAUCUCGGUGUUGCGCGGAUUCUGCUCCAGCAUCAUGCUCGGGUUGAUGUUUUCGAUGAAAACGGCCGAACGGCUCUCCAUCUAGCUGCUGCUAAUGGCCAUCUCGAGCUUACAGAUUUACUGCUAAAAAAUAAAGCAUUUAGACUUCUUGCGCUUGGUGCAAAUCCAAAUGCUCGUGACGAUAAGGGACAGACACCACUGCAUUUAGCUGCUGAGAAUGAUUAUCCUGAUGUUGUGAAACUUUUCCUGAAAAUGCGACAGAACAAUCGCGCGGUAUUGACGGCAAUUGAUUUGAACGGGUUUACUUGCGCUCACAUUGCAGCAAUGAAAGGAUCACUGGCAGUGGUUAAAGAACUCAUGAUGAUUGAUAAGGCGAUGGUGAUUCAGGCAAAAACAAAAACAAUGGAAGCAACAACACUACACAUGGCAGCUGCUGGUGGUCACGAAAAGAUUGUCAAAAUUUUGCUCGAAAAUGGUGCAGAUGCAGAGGAUGAAAAUGCUGUAUGCUAUUUGUCCAUUUUUUCCGGAUUUCCUGCUAAAAUCACAUUCUUCGUCGACUGC